UCAUCGGCGUCGUCGCGGCAAAGCAGUGAGGUAUCAAUUAUGGCCGGAAGAGAGACCCGGCACCUCCACCGCCUCCCUCAAAUCGUCAACACGACGGCCCUCGAGGACCGCAUCAAUCUCCAGCAGCGCGAGAUCCAGUCCCUCCUCUUAGACAACCAACGCCUCGCCGCCACGCACGUCGCGCUCAAGCAGGAGCUCACCGCCGCGCAGAGCGACCUCCGCAACCUGAAGGCCGUCGCCGGCCAGAUCAAAUCCGAGAGGAACGCCGAGGUGCGCGAGGUCUACGACAGGUCGUUGAAGCUGGACGCGGAGCUCCGCGGCCUGGACGACAUGACCGCCGAGCUGAGUAUCGUCCGGAACGACAUUGAGGACCUGAGAACGUCGAGGAUGGAGCUGGCGGAGGAGUUGAAGAAGAUCCAGGGAGAGAUUGAGAGGGCUAGGUCGGAUGAGUCGAAGCAAUUCGAAGCUAGUAGAGACGAAAUUGAGACCUUGAAGGUUGAAAUUGGGAAAGGAAGGGCUGCAAUUGAGACUGAAAAGAAAACAAGAGCUACUAACCUUGAGCAUCGGCAAGCUAUGGAGAAUUAUAUGGCGGCGUUGGCUGUCGAAAUCGAAAAGCUUCACGGUGAGUUGGCAAAUGCAGAGAAGAGAGCCAGGGCUGCUGUAGCAGCAGCAAAUCCAGGUCCUGGGUACCCUAUGGCUUAUGGCAAUGCUGAUGUGCUCUACGGAGGAAAUGCGUACCCUGACUCCCACGCCAUGCAUCAGGGUCACGGUACUGCUGACGGUACCUCUCAAUAUGGUCCUCCUCAAAUGCCACACUAAGACCUUCAACAAACGCAUGUACAGAGAUAAUAGUGAGAUGGGGCAUUCAGACGACCGUAACCAGACCACAGCCUUGUUUUGUUGUAUGGCUUCAAGAUGUAAUUAUCCAACAUUUCCAAAAAGUUUUGGAUGAGCAUACAAGAGUUGAGAGGGGCAAUGCUAUGAUUUCCUUAAGCUCCAUAUGGUAAUCAUCUUACCAUCCGUAAUUCUGAUUGAAGCUAGCAGAGCGACCAUAAUCAAACACAAGAUUUUCGGUGUGAGCGUUUUUGAUUUGGGGCCCUUGAGUCAAAUUUCAGUUGCAUCAACGCUCGGGAGAAUUGCACAAAUGGGUGCAAGUGAAGCUAUGAUCCGUGCACCUUUCAUGGUUUUAGAUCACUAAUGAAGAAGUCGAUUUGAUUUUAAAUUAUUUGUACACUAUGAGAAUAAGAAUUCAAGUACAGUCCAUUGUUGGUUGGCCCCGAAGUUCUUUCCAACACAAGGUGAGAUUUCUGCAGCAUGUAGGGUAUCAAUUCCAAUUUACCGCUUUUUUCACUUUUGACAAGAAUUUCAAUUUAGUGCUUUCAACAAAAGUCUUAUAUAGACAAGAGACAGAGAACCAUUCGGCAUACAAUUUGCUUCAAACUCUAUUCCGAAUUUAUUUCAGAUUUCCAUCCAGAUGACCCUGUAUUAGCGAAAGCUGACUGGACUUUUUUUUUUCAGUGAGGGCGAAGCUGACUUGACUUUUUGUUUCAGUGAAGAGGGCGAUCAAAAUAAAACAUCACUUCUCCAUAUAGUCAUGGGGCUACAGUCCCACCGAAUAAGUUUUACUUGAGCAAUCAUUAAGGCCAUGACCCUUCAUCGCCAAAUUAAGACUGAAGAUUUACUAGUGCAGAGCUGAAAAUCCACAAAACCAUCCAUUUAUGUGCAAUAACCAUAACCUACAACUUUAUUCCCCAGAUUUAAGUCGAUGUUCUACAACUGCUAAAUGCCCCUAGAUCAUAGCCAACAGAGUUGCCAGCCCACAAGUACACUACUUGAUAUCAGAUAUUGAAACACAUAGGAAAUCCAUAAUAUUGAACAUGGCAUUCCUUUUUAUUCAAGUACAACGUAACUAAUAUGGAUAAUGCAUUACAACCAAAAAUCGAGUCC